CUUAUAUAUGUUUCUGGUUGAGUGCUAUAAUAUGCCUGCUUACAUACCUUUCUGUUUCCAGUGCAUUGGAUUCUUUAUUUUUACCAAUGAGAUUAAUCGCCCUCAAUCCUUUAAAAAAAAUAAAUAAUAAUUAAAAACAUGUUCCGUUUGGAACUCUUUAUUUAAAAAAAAUGCUUAGUUCUGUUACCAAACACCUAUAUAGGAAUUAAUCUCACUCUAGAUAGUAGUAAUUAUAUAUUACAGAUUUUGAUCUCCAAUGCAUAAAAUCAAUCGUUACAUUGAACAAUUAGAUCAACUCACUUUUUUGGGUGACUACCAAAUAGGGCCUUGAGUAUAAAACAAACAUGCAAGUCGAAUUGUUAUGAAUCACUCCUCUGACAUGGUGGUGUAUUGGUUUCUCUGUUGUAGGUGGAGUAACAUCGAUGGACGCCUUCUUGAUAAAGUUCUUCCCAGUCAUCUAUCGAAAGACAAAAGAUCCUGGUUUGGACAACAAUUACUGCAUAUACGACAACCACGGCCUUCAACUAUUCACAUCAUCAUUGUAUCUGGCCGGCUUGACUUCGACCUUCUUCACAUCCUACACCACAAGAAACCUCGGUUGGAGGCUGACCAUGCUCAUUGCAGGGAUUGUCUUCAUCAUUAGCGUGGUGGUAAAUGCAGCUACCCAGAACCUUGCCAUGCUCAUUAUAGGAAGGAUCUUCUUGGGGUGUGGAGUCGGCUUCGCUAAUCAGGUUCAGCUGCAUAGUAUCCGUUCCUUAGUAGUUCAGCUAAUUUGAAUCUACAACAACAAGUUGCUGGAAAUAGCAGCUACGUUGAUGUUGAAUUCAUCGAUCCUGUGAUUAUGGCCAUUAGCAGAGGAAAGCUUCCACUGCCGAUGACGCACUAGAUCUCUCCCAACUACAGCUCCAACAUGUUGGCUGAUUUCUCUGAGAUGGACCAGAGGCUUCAGUUGUUGCAGUCAAGAUCCAGCAAUCUAAAUUAGAAUCCAAUGACGACGGUUGAUCAAAGCUUCAGUUGUUGAAUUCUUUUUUUUCCCCAGAUUUCUAUUCCAAAUAGAAACUAAAAUUUCAAUUUGAAAAGUGGGAGUGAUUCUCAUGUUUUUCUCCAUGAGUUGUUACCUUAUGAGAACAAAAAUGCAAGUCAUUUGAUCAAUGACCACUGAAUAUGCAUAGGUUUAUGAAUGAGUUAAAAUA